AUGACAAAAGUUUACCCAAAGUUCCCAAGCACUUGUGAUGAGAGCUUCUGUGAUAGUAAAGCGGCCGUGGUUUUAACGGUGUGGAAGAAGUCUCUUCUCUUCAACUGCGAUGGAUUUACUGUUUACAACGCUAAUGGAGAUCUUGUCUUUCGGGUCGACAACUACAUGAAUUGUUCCAAAGACAACAUCGUCCUCAUGGACGCAUCAGGCUUACCCCUCCUCUCCAUCCGCCGCAAGAAGUUGAGUCUUGGAGAUUGUUGGAUGGUAUACGAUGGAGAAACGGAGAGAGAUCCAAUAUUUACCGCGAAAAAGAAUGUCAGUAUAAUAACAAACAAGAGGAGAAGCUUGGUGUGCGUUAGCGCGAAGAAGACAAUAUUAUACGAGAUUGAGGGAUCGUACGGCCAAAGAAGCUGCAAGAUAUUGGACGAGAGGAAGAACAAGAAGAAAACUGCUGAGAUCAAGAGGAAAGAGACGGUGAUCGGAGGAGUUGCCUUUGGAAAGGAUGUGUUUAAACUUGUAGUUGAACCGGAGAUGGAGCCUCGUGUUGCUAUGGCACUUACCAUCAUCCUCGACCAAAUGUUUCGAUCUUAUUGA